CUAAUUGCUGCGACCCAAUACGGAUUCAAAAUGGAUAUCGUCAUAUCCCCAACUUCUUCUCUCUCCUUCAAUAUUUUCAACCUUUUGGACGCGGAAAAUGACCCUAGUGCAAUAAUUAAUGGAGUACAUAAUGUCAGCUUGACUCGCUUUCAGUAGGCUAGCUUGAGGCUAGCCAGCCACUUCUUUCCAAGCAUCACAAAAAUCUGCUACUUUUUCCACUCACACUUUCCUAUUCAUCAUCUCCAUUCUUGGUCUCUCCGAAAGAAAAAAUUUGAUAAGCUCAUAAUUCAACCUAUUCCAUAGUCCUAAAGAGAAACCGAGGCAGAGUUUGAUUAAUUAUCAAAAUCUUUUGAACUUCAACACCAUGGCCCUGAUUUUUAUGCUCCUCUGUUUUUUAAUAUCACUUGGGACUAAAAGUGAAGCUGCCCCAACUUACCUCUACCACAACUGCACAAAUACAACAACUUUCACUCCCAACAGCAUUUACCAAACAAAUCUCAACCAUCUCCUCUCUGUCCUUUCCUCCAACUCCUCUGUUGAAUUCUACAAAGCUACUGCUGGCCAAGACCCAUCCAACUCUGUCCACGGCCUCUUCCUUUGCCGCGGUGAUGUCAACACCACUGCUUGUCGAGACUGCGUCACAACCGCUACUAAAGAAGUUAUAAGACGGUGCCCCGUGGAGAAGCAGAACAUCAUAUGGUACGAUGAAUGCCAGUUACGCUACUCCAAUCGGUCAUUUUUCGGCACCGUGGACGUAUUGCCUAGAAUUGCUCUUAUAAAUACGGCAAACAUCACUGAGCCGGAUCGGUUUAGGCGAAUACUGAAUGCCACGGUGAAGGCGGCUGCGGCUGAGGCUGCAAAUGGCGGUGACAAAAAGUAUGCUACUAAAGAAGCGUAUGUUAGUGGGUUUCAAACGCUGUAUAGUCUUGUGCAGUGCACGCCGGACUUGUCCACUGCGGAUUGCAAUAGAUGUCUUGUCCUUGCCAUUGAACGUCUUUACAAAUUCAGCGAAAGGUUAGGAGCUAGAGUCCUGUUUCCUAGUUGCAAUGUUAGGUACGAACUUUACCCCUUCUACUACAACCGAACUUCAUCGCCAUCACCAACUAUGCCAAAAGGAAGUAGUAAAAUCUCGACUGGGACAAUUGUGGCCAUUGUUGUACCAAUUGCUGCUACUUUGUUACUCUUCAUCUUAGGCUUCUGUUUCCUAGUUAGGAGAGCAAAACAGAAGAGCAAUGCUGGAAAGAAGGAAAACGCAGAGACGGACAUGCCAACAAAGGGGAUAGAAUUUAAUCAAUCCACAAGAAAGGCGAUGCCAUUGGCUGUCAAUGAAGCGUUAAAUACCAAAGCUAAACCGUUCGAUGCAUGACACUAAAUUAUGUAAUGUAAUCUGAUAUAUGUUUCUGUAUAUGUUGUUUACCUUUCUGCAGUAUUGGUAAUUAUGUUAUAAAUAUUUGUAGUUUAAAUUAUCAUGGAAAGUUUAAAUUGUUGAAAGGGUGGUAAUCUUGCCACCUUAUGCAAACCAAAAUCCACCAAGGUUUGCAUCCUUUUUCUUUCUUUAAAAUAAAUAUUUUGUUGAAUGACCUAAUGCAAUAUUUAUGUAUAUAUUUUAUGUUCCUUUUCA